AUGAGCGGAAGUGAGAUUGACACCAUGAGAGCGGGACGGCAGCAUGCGGUGUUUGUGUUAGCUGCUGUGCUAUGCAGUGUGUGUUUCUGUGCAACGGCUGCCACCGAAGUGAAGCCCCUCCUUAAGCAGGCUGCCAAACCCGGUUGGCGUGCGGACGGUAUUCCGAACUCUAUCCAUCAUGUGCAGGUGCAUAAGGAAGGCCAUGCGGAUUAUACAGGCAAACGUGCUCUGAAAGCUGCAGAGGCAUCCGUUGAACACAAUGCUUCUGUGGUUAUGCUUAGGGAUGCCGUAUCAAGCGCUGAAGCUGUCGCGAGUUCCUCUUUAUUAGCGGCAGAGAAGGCUGCGAAAGCUGCGAAGCAGGCUGAGGUGGCUGCAACCGAAUCAUUGUAUGCAGCAGGAAAUGCCACAUCCGCUGCGACAUUCGCUCAGUAUACAAUGGGGACUGGCACGCGCAUAGCUAGAAAAGGUUCGUCUGAUGGGCAGAAGAAGCAUUUCGAGGUGCAAGCUGGUAGAGCGGAGGAUUUGUCUGAGACUGCUUCAGAGAGUGCAGCGAGGGCAGCGUCGAACUCUUUGGCAGCGGCAGUUGAGGCCAAGGAGGCGCUGGAUAUGGUCACAAAGAUUUUAGCAGAUGCUGCAAUAGCUCGGCAAAAAGCCACGGAGUCCAAUGGGAAUCUUGAGAACGGUCUGAGCGAUGGAAUGGCGGCUGUAAGAAACGCCGAUAUUGCAGCAAAGAGUGCUCAGAGUGCGGCUACCGAUGCGAAGAGGGCAGUGGAGGAAUCUAUCAAGGCAGCGGAGAAGGGCAGGAUGGCGUCGACGAAGGCGAAAGAGGCGGCCAGAACAGCACGCAGCGCAAUAGAGGGAUCUUCGGUGGAUAAAACCUCACACGCGACGAGUGUCGCGAGACUCUUUGAUGAAUCGUUGGAUUUUGCCAAACAAGCGACGUCCAGCGCGGGAGCGGUGCAGAACUACGUGGAUAACGCAUUGCAGUCCGCUGAUAGGACAAAGGAGGAAGUUAGCACAGCCACAAGGGCUGCUGCGGCAGCAAACAAGCACUUAAAGGAACUGAAUCUCACACAUCCUCAUGAAAACAAAGAAAGUGCAACGGUGCCAGCAGCCAGUAUUCCGAGACACGAAGAUUCACCUGGAGAACAAAACAAUGAUGAACCUACAGUCGGCAUCCAUCCCGCAGACUCCGCAAACGUUCAACACGAUCAGCCACAUGGGAGUACGAAGGGUACUGCUACAAGUCAGUUUACUAAGUUCAGCGAGACUAAUUCCGAAAAUUUACCAAGUGGUACCGCAAAAAUAUCUGCAACUUCUGAUGAUGCAAAUAGACCAAAAGAAUCCUUGUUGCACCGGAACGUCAUUACAGACAGAAGCACCAACAUUCUGUGUCUAAGGUUCUUAUUAUUAUUGCUCUUUGGGGUAUUAAUUUUAAUCGUUGCGUACUGA